AUGGACACGCUGGGCAGGAAGGUGGUCGUCUGCGACAAUGGCACCGGGUUCGUGAAAUGUGGAUAUGCAGGCUCGAAUUUUCCAGAGCACAUCUUCCCGGCUUUGGUUGGAAGGCCAAUAAUUCGAUCAACUACCAAAGUGGGAAACAUUGAAAUUAAGGAUCUUAUGGUAGGCAAUGAAGCCAGCGAGCUGAGGUCCAUGUUGGAAGUGAACUACCCAAUGGAGAAUGGCAUUGUCCGGAACUGGGAUGAUAUGAAGCAUCUUUGGGACUACACCUUUGGACCGGAAAAGCUGAACAUUGACACACAAAACUGUAAAAUACUGCUGACGGAACCUCCCAUGAACCCAACAAAGAACAGGGAGAAGAUUGUGGAGGUAAUGUUUGAAACAUACCAGUUUUCUGGGGUCUAUGUAGCCAUUCAAGCGGUGCUCACUCUUUACGCUCAAGGGUUACUGACAGGUGUCGUUGUGGAUUCUGGAGAUGGCGUGACCCAUAUCUGUCCAGUCUAUGAAGGCUUCUCCCUUCCUCAUCUCACCAGAAGGCUAGACAUCGCUGGCAGAGACAUUACCAGAUACCUCAUCAAGUUGCUUUUGCUACGAGGUUACGCCUUUAACCAUUCCGCCGAUUUUGAGACGGUGCGCAUGAUCAAAGAAAAGCUCUGCUACGUGGGCUACAAUAUCGAGCAGGAGCAGAAGCUGGCCUUGGAGACGACGGUGCUGGUGGAAUCCUACACGCUCCCAGACGGCAGGAUUAUCAAAGUGGGUGGUGAACGGUUCGAGGCUCCGGAAGCUCUUUUCCAGCCUCACUUGAUCAACGUGGAGGGGGUCGGCGUUGCUGAGCUGCUCUUCAACACCAUCCAGGCUGCAGAUAUCGACACCAGGUCAGAGUUCUACAAGCACAUAGUGUUGUCUGGAGGUUCCACUAUGUACCCUGGGCUGCCUUCCCGACUGGAACGUGAACUUAAACAGCUUUACCUGGAACGGGUCCUGAAAGGUGAUGUGGAAAAACUUUCUAAAUUCAAAAUUCGCAUAGAAGAUCCGCCCCGUCGGAAGCACAUGGUGUUCCUGGGGGGUGCCGUUCUGGCAGACAUCAUGAAAGACAAAGACAACUUCUGGAUGACCCGGCAGGAAUACCAGGAGAAGGGCGUGCGUGUCCUGGAGAAACUGGGCGUGACGGUUCGAUAAGCGUGGGGAACGUC